AUGGGCUCUAUCGCCAGUAAUAACAUAUCAUCCGUGGGCGAAGCUCAUGGUGACGGUGACGGCGAGAGAUUGUUCAAGAUCAUCGGUCUAUCUGCCGACCAUGCUACUCCGACACGCAUGAGAGAGGAAAUCGUGCUGCUGGCUUGGCUUAUUGUUCUCUUACGCACCAGGGAGGAUAGUCUCAUUCGUUAUGAGUGGGGGUACCACGGUCGAGACAAUGCGAGUCCCUCAAAGCUAAAACUCAGACACCUGUCGAUGGAGGAAGUAAUGACAGGUCUAGAUAGUGUGGUCGGACAGGUUGCUACAGAGAUCGCCGGUCGGAUUAAAGCAGACACAUCGAAUCAUUGUUCCUCCAUAUCUAGCCCGGUCUCCCUCCUCUUGAGCACCGGUUGUCUCUCCCAAUUGUCCGAGGAGCCUACGGAUGAAGGCGUGCUUCACCUCGAAGUACAAUUCGAUGAUGACAAUCUGAAGAUCCGUCCAGUGUGGUACACGGACAAUGUACUAGAAUACACAGUCACGCGAUACAUGCUCGGCCUGGUCGACACCAUCCGAAUGUGUCUGUCGAACCCCGACGCGACAAUCCAGCAGUGUCGACGGCCCACCCAAGAUGAUAUGGAUGAGAUAUGGAGGUUGAAUCAUGACCUGCCUCCGUCAUACCAACUUUGCAUGCAUGAUGUGAUCUCCGAGCGAGCGCAGCAAUACUCGGAGAAAGUCGCAAUCUCAUCCUGGGAUGGCAGCUUGACGUACUCCCAAAUAGACCAAUAUUCGACCUUGGUUGCCUGCUCCCUCCGGGACAAGGGCGUUAAACUCCAUGACUUUGUCCCGGUGUGCUUUGAGAAAUCCAGAUGGACAAUUGUUGCCGUGCUGGCGGUGAUGAAAGCAGGUGCAACGCUUGCGAUGAUGGACCCAACCCUUCCGCUGGCCCGUCUACAGAACAUGGCGACCCAGGUGGAUGCGAAAACCAUGUUGACGUCCCGAAAACAGCAUGAGUUGUCAACAUCAAUCAUCCCGAAUGGGGAAUUUAUAGUAGUGGACGAGGACACCUUCAAAAAUCUCCCCGAUAUCAAGACCUUACCCAAGUUACCAGCUGUGCCGUCAUCGGCCUUGAUGUACCUAAUCUUCACCUCUGGCAGCACCGGUACUCCAAAAGGAGUCAAGAUUUCCCACGAAACUUAUACGAGCAGUGCUUUCCCACGAGCAAAAGCAGUGGGGUACACGGAAAACUCCCGAGUUCUUGAUUUCGCAUCCUACGCAUUUGACGUCAGCAUCGAUAGUAUGCUUUUAACAGUAGCAAAUGGAGGCUGUCUCUGUAUCCCCUCGGACGAGGACCGACUGAACGAUAUCAAUGCAGUUAUGCGGAAUAUGCAGGUAAACUACGCCGGUAUCACCCCCUCGAUGGCACGAGUUCUGGAUCCAGACGUCAUUGCAUCCCUCAGUGGUCUCGGCCUGGGAGGAGAGGCUGCCUCGGCAAGUGACGUGAAUCUCUGGGGUCAGCAAACAAGGAUCAUCAUCGGUUACGGACCCUGUGAAUGCACAAUCGGGUGCACCGUCAAUAGCAGCGCCGCCACGGGCCGAGAUUAUAUCUCCAUAGGACCAGGAAACGGGGCGGCUAUCUGGAUAGUCGAUCCGAACGACCACGACGCACUCAUGCCCAUCGGCGCAGUGGGUGAGUUACUGGUCGAGGGUCCAAUUGUAGGACAGGGCUACUUGAACGAUCCGGACAAAACCGCUGCCGCAUUCAUUCAAGACCCUCCAUGGCUGGUCGCUGGCCACAAAAGCUACGCAGGUCGCCAGGGACGUCUGUACAAAACCGGGGAUCUGGGCAAAUAUGAUCCUGAUGGCUCUGGAGGCAUCGUCUUUGCCGGACGAAAAGACACGCAGGUCAAACUGCGUGGGCAGCGUGUUGAACUGGGCGAGAUUGAAAGUCAGCUCAGGGCCCGAUUACCCGCGGAAACUGGUGUGAUUGCGGAAGUGAUUGUGCCUCAAGGAUAUGGGAGUCAACCAACAUUGGUGGCAUUCAUUGCCGCACAGUCAUUGCCAGGACUCGAUCAGGGUGAUCUGCAAUCGGCGGAGCUGCCCACCGAACUAAGUAAUACCCUAUCAGAGGCUAAUGCUAACUUGGCCAAGGUUGUACCACGAUAUAUGGUGCCCAACGUGUAUAUUCCAGUGAAUUACAUCCCUACUUUGAUUUCAGGCAAGACAGAUCGUAAACGACUUCGCCAGUUCGGUGCUACGGUGGACUUGCGGCAGCUGGAUCAAGGCCAGGCCACGAGCACAACUCGCGAGCUGAGUGAUCUUGAACAGCGUCUGCGGCAGGCAUGGGGCCAGGUUCUAAAGCUGGAUCCAGAGACUAUUCGUCCGGACGAUAAUUUCUUUGGGCUGGGCGGCGAAUCCUUGACGGCAAUGAGGCUAGUAUCAGUCUGUCGAGGGCAAGGUCUCGAGCUCUCUGUUAUCAAUACCUUUAGUCAUCCCACGCUCUCAACCAUGGCUGGUGUUGUAGGGCUUUGUGAUUCGCAGGAACAGCAGCAAUUGCCCACAUUUUCAAUGAUAUCACAAACCGUCGAAACUGCGUGUCUCGAAGCCUCGCAUGUUUGUGGCACCGAAGCAGAUGCCAUCGAAGACAUUUAUCCUUGCACGCCCACACAAGAGUCACUGUUCACGUUCUCGCUUAAAGCAACGAAGGCAUACGUUGCGCAGAGGCAGGCAUCUAUCCCAUCGCAUAUAACGCUCGAUGCAUGGAAAAAGGCAUGGGAAGAUGUAGUCUCGGCAAGCCCGAUUCUGCGCACUCGCUUAGCCCAGCUCCAGGAUCCCGGCUUACAACAAGUUGUACUGAAGGAACGCAUCGCCUGGAGGUAUUCAACUGACCUCAAGACAUACCUAGAGACAGAUCGAAAGGAGAAGAUGGAUCUCGGACAAAGUCUCGCCCGAUAUGCCAUAGUCGACGAUCAGAGUGAUGGCAAACGCUACAUGGUUUGGACGGUUCAUCACGUCCUUUACGAUGGAUGGUCGGAGCCACUCAUUCUGAAGCACAUCAGUAAUGCCCUGCAGGAACAGCCCACGGAGCUUCAGGCACAGAUGAGAGGUUUCGUCAAGUACGUGCGCGAUACAGACGCAGACGCUAUGCACGAGUUUUGGCGACGCGAAUUGGAUGGUGCUGUCGGACCUCAGUUUCCCCGUCUACCUUCUCGAGACUUUUUGCCCACUCCGGAUUCCCUGGUAGAGCAUUACAUACCUCUCGAGAUAGGCACUGGGUCGCCGUUUACCAUGGCCACCUUGAUCCGCGGGGCUUGGGCGCUUGUAGCCUCGCAAUACACAGGGAGUGGCGACGUUGUGUUUGGUGAGACACUCACCGGCCGAGAUAUUUCCUUGCCCGGAGUCGACAGCAUCAUAGGGCCAUUGAUCGCGACAGUGCCGGUGCGCAUCUGUGUGCAUCGCGCAAGCACCGUGGAAUCAUACUUACAGACAGUCCAGCGUGGCACAUUAUCUCGCACCCCAUAUCAGCACAUGGGGAUGCAAAAUAUCCGAAAAGUGAGCCACGACGCGCAAUACGCAUGUGAAGCAGGAACAGGUUUGGUCAUUCAGCCAGAACCUGAGUACUUGGGCAGCGAACUAGGCUUUGAUGCAGGAGACGUUGUACAGGAGGCCCUCCACUUCAACCCCUAUCCGCUAAUGCUUGCCUGUGGCAUACGCAAGGGUGGUUUUCGAAUCUGCGCCAGUUUUGACGGGAGUCUCAUCAAGGUAAAUCAAAUGCGACGAAUCCUGGUGCAGCUCGAGGUAGCUUGCCUACAGUUAACCAAGAGUCUUUCCCGGAAACUUGACGAGAUAUCCUGUCUGCCCACAGCCGAAUUGGACCAGAUCUGGCAAUGGAACCAGAGCCCCCCUCUGUCUAUUGAUGAGUCGUCAAAAACGCUUCGAGUAGACGCAGGUCUCAAGCCAGGAUCAGUAUAUCCUCCUGCAGUGGUUCCCUGGGUGUGCAAUCCACACAACCCGUCUCUUUUGUCACCUAUAGGGAGCAUUGGCCAGCUUUGGCUCGAGGGGCCGCUCCUGUCCAACGAAACUAUGGAAUCACCAGCCUGGCUCGUCGCUGGAAGCUCUACUAUUGCCGGUCGGACAGGGACAGUUCACCCGACUGGUGACAUGGUCCAGUGGUAUGAUGACGGCAGCUUAGUCUUUGUCGGUCGAAAAGAGGACGUGGUGCCUGUCAACGGACAUGCAGUGAACAUAGCAGAAGUCGAGGCCCAUCUUGCAGAACAUCUGCCAUCGACAACUCGUGCUUCUGCUGCGGUACUCCAGCCACUUUCUGACAAGACUGAGGGUGUGCCACAACCAGAGCUAGUCGUCUUUAUCGAGCAACAACCUUCUGCCGAGGAGUUUAUUAAGCUCAUGCCAGUGCACUAUGACAUAACUGUUGAUGAAAACUUGAGGACGACAAUAUGUAACACAGUUCCCGUCAACCUAGCUAUAGCAUUAAAGAAGCUUGACAAAUUCAUGAGGGACUCACUUCCCUCAUAUAUGGUCCCCUCUGCGUACGUCGUCACUGACAUGAUGCCAAAGGGCGUCCAACAAGGUUUACUCAAUCAGCUCGCCUCGAAGAUUCCCCCACAGAUCCUUACCCAGCUAUCUACAGGCUUCAAAACGGCGUGGGCACAGGGCUCCACGAAAACACAAUUGACCACGACGGAAAGCAUUCUCCAGUCUGCGUGGGCCAAGAUUCUACGUCUCAGUACGACGCAAAUUGAUGUAGACGACAACUUCUUCCGUCUCGGCGGUGACUCUGUGCUAGCUAUGAAACUUGUCUCUAGUCUUCGUGCCCAGGGACACAUUCUGACCGUCGCCGACAUCUUCCAGCACAUGCGUCUUGCGGAUGCGGCCAAAGUACUAAAAUUGGGUCAGGUUUCAACUAAUAGGGCCAAACCUUACCGGCCAUUUUCCACCAUGGGCUACGUAGAGGUAGAUCAAUUCUUGAGCAAGGUUGUCCAGCCAAAGCUGGCCGACUCCAACUGGACCAUUCGAGAUGUCUCUCCAGUCACUGAUUCCCAAGCGAUGGAUAUCAGAGCAACCAUCCAGGUGCCGCGAACCUCGAUACAAUACACCAUGUUAUAUUUCAACCAUGGCAUCGAACGAGAGAAAUUGCUACACGCCUGUAGGAAACUUGUCCAGACUCACGAGAUUCUGCGCACCGUGUUCAUUGAACACAACUCGAAAUUCUUCCAGGUGGUGGUGGAUCAGCUAGAUGCGGUUGUGGAUAUGCAUCAAACUGACGGGGAUAUUCAGCAAUAUGUCACCGAUCUCUGCACCAAACACAUCGAAUCCAAUUUCCCCUUGGGAUCCUCCUUCCUCUCUAUGCUCCAUGUUGAAGGCACCGAUGGCCGUGAAUGUCUCAUCAUCGGCCUAUCGCACGCUCUGUACGAUGGAAUGUCGCUACCUCGACUUCUUAAAGACCUGGAAGCAUUGUACACGGGACACGAGAUUGUCGACUUUGAGCCCUUCUCGUCCUACAUAGCACAAGUCCGUGAUGAGCGUGCCCAUGCCAACGCGCUUAAAUACUGGCGGGAUCUUCUGGACGGCUCAUCAUUGUCUAUUCUGGGUGGGACCUCGGCACGACCUACGGACAAAUCCAUUUUCCGGACAAAAUCAGUCGACGUCUCGAAACCCCCUGAGAAUAUCACUACAGCGAACCUGCUUACCGCCGCGUGGGCGCUGGUGCUGGCACGCCAUCUCCGCACAUCGGAUGUCACUUUUGGAGGUGUCACGUCAGGACGAAACAUCGACCUUUCCAACGUGGAAAAUAUCAUGGGUCCCUGUUACCAGAUAGCUCCGAUCAGAGUACCGUUCGAAUCCCAGUGGACCGCGACGGAUCUCUUGCGGUUCGUUCAAAUGCAAAGCGCUGCAUCUGCGGCGCAUGACUACCUCGGGUUCGAAAAGAUUUCGACACAUUGUACCCAGUGGCCUUCUGAGCGAUUCUUCAACUCUAUUGUCCAUCAUCAGGAUUGGGACGACUUCGACACCAUGCCUUUUGCGGAGGGAACAUGCCGGGUGGAUAUUCUGAAUCCGCAUGGAGAUGCUGCUGAUCCAUUGAAGGUAGUCUCGUUUGUCCGUGACGGGCAGAUGCAAGUUGGAUUGGUAGGGGCUGAGCAAGAUGCGGCGGUGGUGGAUGCUGCACUGGAGGAGUUGGUUGUUGCUGUGCAGGAAUUGGCGAUGCCUUCGAGACGCAACUUGCUGAGCGAUGACGCGUUCAGUGAGAACGUUCGGAGAUAG